AAGCCAAUACAGGAUGGGGAAAUCUCUUGUUUGUGUGAAUUUUUGUUACCCUAGAAGGGACUCUAGACUAGAUGUGACUUCACAGUUAAGUUCUCAAGUUGACAGAAAGAGCUAUUGUAGGGCCACUGAUGCUCAACAAGGGGUACUAGUGGCAAAGACCUGCCUGCAAUGCUAUGGCUUGAGGACAGAGUGGGGAGUGGAAUUGCUUCUACAGGAGCUCCUACGCUUUUUGUCAUAGCAACACUGACCAUAUUUUACUAACAGUGUCUCAUGGGCCUACCUUCCCAUCCCUUUGCAAUUGCGUGCCUUCCCUUCCUUCUCAGCUGUGUUCAUAUAACACCUCUGUUGCAACUACACCAUUAAUUUACAUGCAAAAGGGAUGCUCGGGAAGUAUUUAAUGCAUUCUCUGUUGUCUUUAAUGCAAUUUGUUAGCUAAUAACGGGGCCGCCACCUCUGGUUCCAGUCACUACCAAUGCCAGUGUGAGGUGGGAGAUGAUUCUUCAUGACACAGUGGAGGUGGGGGGAAGGAAGGAGAAGAAAUGUCAAAGGAGAACAUGAGUCAGAGGGGCCAGAAAGCCCUGAUGGCAUUCUUUGUUACAGGAAUUUCCAGCAGGGGAAGAGAGUGUGAUAUAAGCGGUUGGUCUGGUGCCAAAAGGACCUGGCCAAAUUGGCCAGAUAUAGCCACUGAGUCAAGGCUUUCUGGAGUCCAGCAGAGCUCUUGUGAAAUGCUGCAACCCUCCCUUUUGAAAAUCCAGGGAGGGCAGUGGCAAACAUCCUGCUGUGUGUGAGGCUGAAUCUCCCUGCGGUGCAAGGAGCUCUGCUAGCAAAACGAGGCACAUGUUACACACGGCUCCUUGCACUGGGUUUGCUGAACUCAUCUCAAUGUUUUUAAUUCAUUUUUAUUGGGUGUGCCUAGAGACUCCAGCUGAGAGCAGGCCCCCCCUCAGGUGCUGUAUGCACAUGGUCCCUACCUAGAAGAGCUUCAGUCUAAGCCAGAGAGAAUGUGAGAAAUAAUGAUUUAUUAUCCCCAUUUUACAGGGGAGAACUGAGGCACCGAAAGUUUAGGUUCCUUAAUCUCUGCGGUCACAGAGGAAGUCUGUGGAAAAGCUAAGGAGGGAACCCAGAUGUCCUGAGUCCUAAGCCUCAACUUCAACCCCAUCCUCCCUCUUCACCUGUAGGCAGCAGAUGACUCCCAUGUUAUUACCCUUUGGCUACCAGUUUAAGAAUUUGGGAUCCUGCAACUCCUUACUUGGCUGAGUCACCUAGACUUGAAGACAGAGCCAUUGCUGGCAGGAGGGGGGAGAAGCCACUUGUCUAAAGGUUAAGAUGAACACCUAGGGUGAAAUCCUGGUUCCACUGGAGUCAGGGACAACACUCUCAUUCGCUUCCGUAGGAUCAGGCUUUUUGCCCAUACCGCACACUUACUUCACGUAGGGCAGUUAGCCAACUAUCUCCAGUCCUUCUGGAAGGUGAUUGCUCCUGGCUUACCUUGGCAUGACACAAAAUAACUGAAUACCAAGUACAGUGACACGAGCAAGCAAGCGCUAAGGUACUUUAAAUACCAAAUAGAUCCAGGCCAGCAAAGCCUAGCCACGACUCCCCACUUAGAAAUACAGGCAUGGGGGGGGAGGUCUACAGGGAGCUGGAAAGUCCCGUUCUCCCCCCGUUUCCCAGCUAAACAAUCCCAGGGAAGGGAAGGGUGCAGGGUGAGGAGAGAGGGUACCAGGCACUGCCUCCUUCCCGCGGUGUGUGCGCGUAAGGGAGCUGCUGGGGAGGAUGGGCUGUGGGCAUCGGGCAUCCUUCCAGCUCCAAUGCCCAGAGGGCCAGAGCGGAGGCAGGCGCUGGGUGGUGUCUUAGCUGGCCCCUCACUCUCCCGCCUGUGUCUCCCUGGCGCUCCGGGGGAGGGCCGAGCCCCAGUUCGCGGCUGGCGCUGCUCCCAGCAGCCGGGCAGGGGAGCUCUGUGGCGCGUCUCAUCCCCGCUUGCACGUAGAGCGGAGCUGGUCGGGCGAGGACGGGGGCGGAUUCACACACGCAGCAGGAGCAGCAGCAGCAGCCGCCGGUGCAGUUUCAGGCGCUCUGUCCAUCUAGGGCGCACAUCUCCAUCUCCCCCCUUCUCCUCCUCCAGGGCUGCUCUGGCGGUGCCUCCCCCUCGCCAAGCCUCCAUCUGCGGCUGGGGCUGCCCCGCUCCUCCCCAGCGCGCGUUGCUGGGCUCCGGAGCGCAACCCGGGUCGGGCAGAGCGCGGCUGCCCCAGCUCCGGAGCGGGGAGCGCCGAGAGCCCCGGCCCGCCAGCGCGCACCCAUGCGCUAAGGGAGCGGAGCGCACAGCAGCCGCAGCGGGGAGGCAGGCGACGGCACCGGCUGCGGAGGAGGAUGCGGGGCUCGGGCGCCCGGGCAGGGGCAGCGGGGCUCGGCUGCAGCGGCGGCGGCUCGCCGGCUCCCUUCUGGACUUGCCUCCUGCUGUGCGGGGCGCUGAGGAGCCUGCUGGCCAGCCCCAGCAACGAAGUGAAUUUACUGGACUCGCGCACCGUCAUGGGGGAUCUGGGAUGGAUAGCCUACCCGAAAAAUGGGUGGGAAGAAAUUGGUGAGGUGGAUGAAAAUUAUGCUCCAAUACACACAUAUCAAGUGUGCAAAGUAAUGGAACAGAAUCAGAACAACUGGCUUCUGACUAGCUGGAUCUCCAAUGAAGGAGCCUCCCGGAUCUUCAUUGAACUCAAGUUCACUCUGAGGGACUGUAACAGUCUUCCAGGAGGACUCGGGACUUGCAAAGAGACUUUCAAUGUGUAUUACUUUGAAUCAGACGACGAAGACGGGAGGAACAUCAAAGAAAACCAGUACAUCAAGAUCGACACCAUUGCCGCGGAUGAGAGCUUCACAGAGCUCGACCUUGGAGACCGAGUCAUGAAGCUGAACACUGAGGUCAGAGAUGUUGGGCCUCUGACCAAAAAGGGAUUUUACUUGGCUUUCCAGGAUGUGGGUGCCUGCAUCGCCCUGGUGUCCGUGCGAGUGUAUUACAAAAAGUGCCCUUCCAUUAUCCGUAACCUGGCCCUCUUUCCCGAUACCAUCACUGGGGCAGAUUCCUCCCAGCUGCUGGAAGUGUCUGGCUCGUGUGUGAACCACUCUGUGACCGAUGAGCCUCCAAAGAUGCACUGCAGUGCCGAAGGGGAAUGGCUGGUGCCCAUUGGAAAGUGCAUGUGUAAGGCAGGGUACGAGGAGAAGAACAGCACCUGUCAAGUCUGCAGACCUGGAUUCUUCAAGGCCUCUCCCCAGAGCCCAUCCUGCAGUAAAUGCCCCCCUCACAGCUACACGCACGAGGAAGCAUCCACCUCCUGUCUGUGUGAAGAACACUAUUUCAGAAGGGAGUCGGACCCACCCACCAUGGCCUGUACAAGACCCCCCUCAGCUCCUCGGAAUGCCAUCUCAAAUGUUAACGAGACUAGUGUCUUCCUGGAAUGGAUUCCCCCGGCUGACACUGGUGGAAGGAAAGAUGUGUCUUAUUAUAUUGCAUGCAAGAAGUGCAGCUCCCACUCGGGGCUGUGUGAGGCGUGUGGCAGUCAUGUCAGGUACCUCCCCCAGCAAAUCGGCCUGAAAAACACCUCUGUCAUGAUGGUGGACCUGCUUGCUCACACAAACUAUACCUUUGAAAUUGAGGCAGUGAACGGAGUGUCCGACCAGAGCCCUGCAGCGCGGCAGUAUGUAGCUGUAAAUGUAACCACAAAUCAGGCAGCACCUUCUCCAAUCAGUAUUGUGAAAAAAGGCAAGAUAGCUAAAAAUAGCAUCUCCCUUUCCUGGCAGGAGCCGGAUCGACCCAACGGCAUCAUCCUGGAGUAUGAAAUCAAAUAUUUUGAAAAGGAUCAAGAGACCAGCUACACCAUCAUCAAAUCGAAAGAGACGAAGAUCAUGGUGAAUGGCUUGAAACCAGCGUCGACAUAUAUCUUCCAAAUCCGAGCGCGCACGGCAGCAGGAUAUGGUGGCUUCAGUCGAAGAUUUGAGUUUGAAACCAGCCCAGUGUCAGUAGCUGCAUCCAGUGAUCAGAGCCAGAUUCCUAUAAUUGCUGUGUCAGUAACAGUGGGAGUUAUCCUGUUGGCGGUUGUUAUUGGUUUCCUUCUCAGUGGAAGUUGCUGCGAUCAUGGCUGUGGGUGGGCUUCUUCCCUGCGUGCUGUUGCGUAUCCAAGCCUAAUAUGGCGAUGUGGAUACAGCAAAGCUAAACAAGAUCCAGAAGAAGAAAAGAUGCACUUUCAUAAUGGCCACAUUAAAUUGCCUGGAGUAAGGACUUAUAUUGACCCACAUACCUAUGAAGACCCCAAUCAAGCCGUCCAUGAAUUUGCCAAGGAAAUUGAAGCUUCAUGCAUAACAAUUGAAAGAGUUAUCGGAGCCGGUGAAUUUGGAGAAGUUUGUAGUGGGCGUCUGAAACUGCCUGGAAAACGCGAGUUUCCAGUGGCCAUAAAAACCCUCAAAGUGGGCUAUACUGAAAAGCAAAGACGAGAUUUCCUGGGGGAAGCAAGCAUCAUGGGACAGUUCGACCAUCCCAAUAUCAUUCACUUGGAAGGUGUUGUCACAAAAAGUAAGCCAGUAAUGAUAGUGACAGAGUACAUGGAGAAUGGCUCUCUCGAUACAUUUUUAAAGAAGAACGAUGGGCAGUUCACUGUCAUUCAGCUGGUUGGGAUGCUGAGAGGCAUUGCGUCAGGCAUGAAGUACCUGUCAGACAUGGGUUACGUACAUAGAGACCUUGCUGCCAGAAACAUCCUCAUCAACAGCAAUUUAGUGUGCAAAGUGUCUGACUUCGGACUCUCCAGAGUCCUAGAAGAUGACCCUGAAGCAGCGUACACAACAAGGGGAGGGAAGAUCCCGAUCAGAUGGACAGCCCCAGAAGCCAUCGCCUUCCGCAAAUUCACCUCGGCCAGUGACGUCUGGAGCUAUGGGAUAGUGAUGUGGGAAGUAGUGUCUUAUGGAGAGAGACCCUACUGGGAGAUGACCAAUCAAGAUGUGAUAAAAGCUGUGGAGGAGGGCUACCGUUUGCCAAGUCCCAUGGACUGCCCGGCUGCUCUUUACCAGCUAAUGCUCGACUGCUGGCAGAAAGAUCGGAACAGCAGGCCCAAAUUUGACGAAAUUGUCAGCAUGUUGGACAAGCUCAUCCGUAACCCGAGCAGCUUGAAGACACUGGUUAAUGCGUCGAGCAGAGUGUCAAAUUUAUUAGUAGAACAUAGCCCCUUGGGAAGUGGCACCUACAGAUCCGUAGGUGAAUGGCUGGAAGCCAUCAAAAUGGGACGGUACACGGAGAUCUUCAUGGAAAAUGGAUACAGUUCAAUGGAUGCCGUGGCUCAGGUGACCUUGGAGGAUUUGAGGCGGCUCGGAGUGACACUUGUUGGUCACCAGAAGAAGAUAAUGAGCAGCCUUCAAGAGAUGAAGGUCCAGUUGGUGAAUGGGAUGGUGCCAUUGUAACUUGGUUUUAAAGUCACUUUCUCAAGUGAUCGACCCUGCACUUUGUAAACUAGCCCUGAGAUUUAUUAUAAGAAAAAAAGAAAAAAAAAGGGAAAGUCGGUUAUUUCUAUAACUGAAGGACAUUGGCUGGCCUCUGCCACAUAAUUUAUAAUCAGUGUUUGACUAAAAUUUUCCUUUCCUUCCUAUUUGUGUCUUCAUAUUCAUGAAGUAAAUGUAACAUGCAUGGAAAUGGAUCUACUGUACAUGAGGUUAACCAUUUUCUUAUGCUUCAGCAACAACAACAAGAAAAAGCCUUCCCACCACACUUUGUCUGUACAUGGAAUAUAUAUAGAGCACCUUUAUAUACUGGAUUAUGGCAGCACAUGUUAAUACUUCCAAGGACUUACUUGAAUGGAAAAGUUUUGUAGCCAUUCAUGGGCUAACAAAAGCUGCAGUUUACUGAAGUUUACUUCAAGUCUUAAUUGUCUACAGAAGUGUAUUGAAGAGCAAUAUGAUUAGAUUAUUUCUUGAUAGAUAUUUUGUUUUGUAAAUUUAAAAAAAUGCUGUUACACAGCAUUAAGUUAUAGAGACUAGUGUAGAAACGUUGCUUGUUCAGUGGCAAAUACAAUACAGGGUGUAUAUUUUUCCCCCUCUGUGUUAUAAAGUUCCUUUUAAUUUGCUCUUCUGGGAGAAGAAUACAUGAUUAAUAUGUAUAUACUGUACAGUUUGCUACACACCCAGGUACAAGGAUUUUUGGUUAGAUUUGGUUUUGGUUGGUUUGGUUUUGGUUG